AGGGCUAAUGUCUUUGGAGAAAGGGGUUCCGUUUGGACAUCCGCUCUGGGACAUGAGGGAGUGGCUGGGUAAGCCGCAAAGGGCGGUGAGGGGGCGCGACAGGGCCCGCGGCCAGGGCGCCCGAGGCCAGGCGCGGACCCGUGGGCGGUCGCAACUGGAGCCUGGAAGCAGAGGGGCGCAGACGAUGCGAGAAAAAUUGUGGAUGCUCUGGAACGGGCUCAUCGUGAUCGGGAAGAGAAUGGAGCUCCUGGGUAGAAACACGCAAAAGCCUAGGAUGUGGGACCUGAAGUUUGAGUCUGAGGGCUGGAGACUGGAAGAUGUGGAAAAGGCAGUUUUGAGAGGAAAGUCAGGCCGGAGUCAGGAAAGGAUGGAUGUGAAACGAGUGCGCAGUGUAGCAAGUGCAUUACAGGCUUCCACGGGUUUGCGGAAAGACAACUCCAAGGAGGUGUGGGGAAAGCAAGAAGUCAGACACGAAAUAGAGGCUGAAUCUGAGAAUGCAGGGACUACAGCGGGGUCUAGGUGGGGAUCUGGGUUUAAAAAGAGGUUGAAGUUUACUGGAGUGGGAACCAGUGGAGAGGACUCGAGAUCCAGAGGAUACGAACUAGGGCAGAAUGCGGAGGAGCUGAGGUCAAGUGGAGAGAAGCUGAGGUCAGGUGGAGAGAAGCUGAGGUCGAGUGGAGAGAAGCUGAGGUCAGGUGGAGAGAAGCUGAGGUCGAGUGGAGAGAAGCUGAGGUCGGGUGGAGAGAAGCUGAAGUCGAGUGGAGAGAAGCUGAGGUCAGGUGGAGAGGAGCUGAGGUCGAAUGGAGAGAAGCUGCGGUCAAGUGGAGAGAAGCUGGUGUUCAGCAGAGAAAGGCGGGGAUCCAGGGGAGAGAAGCUGGCGACUAGUGGAGAGAAAUUGGAGGGUUCAAGAAUGGGGAGCAUAAAUGAAGAGAAAAUUGAAAGAGUGGUGGAAGUUACUGGUGAUGAAAGAUUGAUAGAAAAUUACUGAUGCUGAGAUGGACAUUCCUUUUGAAAAGGUAGAGGAGAACAAUGAAGAGAUUGAGGAAGGGGUGGAGGUUGAGGAGGAUGUCUUGGAUGAAGUGAAUGAUAAUACUGAUGAAUCCGUUUCUAUGGAAGAGAAAGAUUAUAGACAAAGGUACUAGUGAAUGAGGCAGAUGAAGGAUUUAAGGUAAAGAAGGAAAGAGAAGCAGAUAGGGGAAGUAUUGCAAAUCAGAGAGGAGAAAUUAGAGACAAGCAGAACGUUACUGACCCUGAAGGGGUAAAUAUGAGAGGGAAAGGAGAGCAUCUUUGCCUAAGAGAAGAGAGAGUGGGAAUGAAGAGCUACUGGGGAUGAAGGCGGAGACCAGGACCAAAGGAAGUGAAGAAGAGUGAUAAAGAGGGAAAUGGAACAUUUUGAGAAGAAAGAGAAGAUUCGUUAGUGUGUUGAUAGAGGAAAAGUGGACAUUGGUUUCUUGGAAAAGAGCUGUGACUGAGGAGCUUAUAGAGAAAUGUUUGAUAAACGGAUUUAGGAUAGGCUAGCAGGAUUUAGCUUAACACGUGAUUGGGUUUAUGAGAUGUAGGAGAAUGCAUAGUGAGAAAAAUGGAAAGUUACAGCAGGAUAAGGAUAGGUCAUGAAGGUUGUGGACAGAGAUGCAGGCUGGAGUGCAGUUUCUGAGAGAGGAUCCUAAAGAAUAAUGAAGGGCUCCAAAGUGACAAAGGCAAGAGCAGAGAUAAGGAAAUAAAGAAGUGAAGAAAAAAAAUCUCUGCCUUCCCAAGACUAUCCACUGCUGGCCUCCUCUGGUGAUUAUCUGAGUACCGAGAAAUUGUUGCCUUUCUUAUAAGAAGCCUGCACAGGCACCGGGUCAAGAUGAGCAGUUUUCGGUUGUGUGCGUCUCUCAGAUUGCGCCUCACAGUAUAUAAAUUGUGAACCAAAUAAUCAGACUUGUUCUUUGGCUGGAUUACAUUUUCUCCUGGAAUAUCAGAUGCAUUCCACUGAGACCACAGAAAGAAAAAGUGAAGAUCAAGAAACUGUGACACCACUUUUAAGAAGAUCUGGCCACCCUGGGCCCAUAUGGCAACCCUUGCUGCCUGUCUGCAUUCCUGUGCUCUGCAGUUGGCCAGAGCCUGCCUGCCUGCCUGGGGUCCCUGCCCACCUUUGCAGGUGCCCGAGUUUGCUGGUCCAGUUUGAUGCCAAGCUGUACCUGUGCAUUUGAUCUCGUGUCAAGGUUCUGCCCGCUGGAUCCACCGGAAUGAGCCUCUGCCCCUGCUUCAAGCCAGCAGCCGCGUGGCUGGGGCUCCCCACUCACACCGCCACCUUCUCAGCACCUCUUCAUCUCUGCUGCAGUUUGUCAGCCGGACGGACGUCUUGCUAGGUCCCAGCCAGCUCUCCCGUCUCUCAGAAUUUUGUUACCAGUUCUUGUUGGCACCUGGGCAGGGCUCAAAAAAACACGGUGGUGAGGCUGAACGAAUGACAGCAUCCGGACCGUCGGAUUGUCGGUGGGACGGCAACAGGACUACCAACUCUUCUCACGCCUCCCGGGACAUCUGCCAAGGGCCCAGGCCUGGCAGCCCCCUCCUCCAUCCCUGGCGGGGGCGUGAUGAGAAAACGCUG